UCUCUCUCCCUCUUCUCCUCCUCCGCCAUUUGCACUUCUCUGCGGUUGCAUACGAGCCGACGCGGAGAUGAAGACGAUCCUGUCGUCGGAGACGAUGGACAUCCCCGACGGGGUGAGCAUCAAGAUCAACGCCAAAAUCAUCGAGGUGGAGGGCCCUCGGGGCAAGCUCACCCGCAACUUCAAGCACCUUAACCUCGACUUCCAGCUCAUCAAGGACGAGUCCACCGGCAAGCGGAAGCUCAAAAUCGAGGCCUGGUUCGGCACCCGCAAGACCUCCGCCGCCAUCCGCACCGCCCUCAGCCACGUCGAGAACCUCAUCACCGGCGUCACCAGGGGGUACCGCUACAAGAUGCGCUUCGUCUACGCCCACUUCCCCAUCAACGCCAGCAUCGCCAACUCCAACAAGUCCAUCGAGAUCCGCAACUUUCUCGGCGAGAAGAAGGUGAGAAAGGUUGAUAUGCUUGAGGGAGUGACAGUUCUUCGUUCUGAAAAGGUCAAGGAUGAGCUGAUUUUGGAUGGAAAUGAUAUUGAACUUGUUUCCCGAUCAUGUGCCCUGAUAAAUCAGAAAUGCCAUGUCAAGAAAAAAGAUAUCCGGAAGUUCCUCGAUGGUAUCUAUGUUAGUGAGAGGGGAACAAUUCUCGAGGAGGAGUGAUUGGUGGAAGAAUUGCAUGUUAUAUUGUUUCAACGUUUUGAGUUGAUCUUGUUUCAAGCGGUUGUUAGUUGGCCUUUUUGUAUUUUGGGUAGUUAAACCUUUUUCCAAAGUUACAUACUCUUUUGCUUUUGUCCUUCCUUGGGCCUGUGGUCAACAACUCAGCAAAGGGAAAGCACAUCUUUGUUGGAUUUUAGAUUGAUUAUUUGAGCACGUUGUCCUCUAUUAAACCACUACAAGAGUGGUGACAUGUUGAUUCAA